AUGGCAGACAACACUUCUCAUCGACUUGAUCUGCGGGUUGGUGGUAAAUACAGGCUUGGGAAGAAGAUUGGUUCAGGCUCUUUUGGCGACAUCUACCUUGGGAUCAACAUCAUCUCUGGUGAAGAAGUCGCCAUCAAGCUUGAAUCUGUCAAGGCCAAGCAUCCGCAAUUGGAGUACGAAUCCAAAGUUUACAAGACUCUUGCUGGUGGCGUUGGUGUUCCUUUUGUCCGAUGGUUCGGGACAGAAUGUGAUUACAACGCAAUGGUGCUCGAUUUAUUGGGCCCGUCUCUUGAGGACCUGUUCAAUUUUUGCAACCGCAAAUUCAGCCUCAAGACCGUAUUGCUGUUGGCCGACCAGUUGAUUUCUCGCACGGAAUAUAUUCACUCCCGUAACUUCAUCCACCGUGACAUUAAACCAGAUAACUUCCUCAUGGGCAUAGGCAAACGAGGCAAUCAAGUCAACGUCAUUGAUUUUGGUCUCGCGAAGAAGUUCCGCGACCCUAAGACUCAUCUCCACAUUCCCUACAGAGAGAACAAGAAUUUGACUGGCACUGCCCGUUACACUUCCAUCAACACGCAUUUAGGUGUCGAGCAAGCUCGUCGUGAUGACCUCGAAUCACUUGCAUAUGUUUUGAUGUAUUUCCUUCGAGGUGCUCUUCCUUGGCAGGGUCUCAAGGCCGCCACAAAGAAACAGAAGUAUGAUCGUAUCAUGGAGAAGAAGAUGACUACUCCCACUGAUCUUUUAUGCCGUGGUUUUCCCAACGAGUUUGGCAUAUUCUUGAACUACACUCGUGCACUUCGUUUCGAUGACAAGCCUGACUAUUCGUACCUACGCAAGUUAUUCCGUGACCUUUUCGUUCGAGAGGGUUAUCAAUAUGACUAUGUCUUCGACUGGAGCGUGCAGAGGGGUGCGCAGGAUGAUGGAAGUGCUGGUACGAGUCAGAAGGCGAGCGCUGGCAGGAGGAAGAUUGUCCAGGAAGAUGAAGAGCACAGGGCCAGCGACAGGAUGCUGCGCUCUCACACCCGUCAGGCUCAGCAGGCAGCCGCACCUGGCGCUGUUGGUCAGCAACGUGGCACUCGUGGCAGGGAUGGUGAUCUGUGGUAAAUGUCCGUCAGCUUCCGUGUAUGUUUGUGCGCAGCGCGCCCCGAGUUUCGGCCAAGGUUUGCGGAGGAAGAAUGGUUGCGAAAGAUAGCUCGGCCGGUGCUGGUUACGGUGCUUAGGGUGUCAUAGGUGUUGGGUUGUAGGAUUUGCAUGUUCUGUCAGGUGUGCUUGUCGGUUUGGACGACACGAGAAUAGGAGAACAUCCGGUGGUAGCACGCCAGGUUCAUCGAGCGACAACGAUGUCAUGGAUUCGAUUUCUCUGUUUCGCCCGACUUUGGUUGUCACAUCCCCUAUUGGAAUCUCCCCCGCGUGGCUGCAUCUACCUCCGAAUGAUCGCUUCGCCGCGCUACCGACCUCUUCAUAAAUGCAGCUGCAUCUGUGAACCUCACAAUUGCCUCCCCUUCUGUAUAGUACGGACGCUUUUUUUUCAUUUCACGUUGAUUCGCUCUCCACUUCUCAGGAGUGUGGAGGGUAGGAUCGGCUGCCUCACUCCUCCUUAUUUGUCACACAUCCUGGCUUGCCAACACUCAGCGCCCGUAUUUUGGUACUGAAUGGUUUCACUUUUGUCGGAUUCACUAUCAACCUCCCAGUCACAUUUCAACCAUCACAUUCCAUCUUCCAUCGUGUAUAGUUCUUCUUUCCUCUUUCUUAUCCCGUGACAAACGUUCUUUACGUACCCUUUUUCUUCCUUCUACCCAUGUUUGUUGUCCUUCCGUUCACCCUUUCAUUUUCGGAUCUAUUUACAUAUAGGUCCGUUAUUGGAGGCGAGUGCUAUGGAAGAGGGCGCCGCGUUUUGGGUUGGAUUGGAUGAUAGGACCCAAGGUACGACCAGGUAUCGCAGGAGAGUUGAGGUUAUGAGGGGACUCCUAGAGCGAGUCGCCAAGUCUAAUUUCUUGCUAUAUUGUAGGCAAUAUCUACAAGAAAAAACCAAAUUUCACAAUGACUUUUUUUACACGAUCCCCUCAUGAUUUCUGUUUUUUCAAACUCUUCACGUUCCUUUGGUCUUCCUUUCUAAUACAGCCCAGAUGCGAGUUUAAAUAUUAAUACAGGUUUGGAGAGACAGUGUUGUAGAUACAUUAAAUUAAAGGAUGAGGUUAUUUUUUGUGUUC